CAAAACGGCAGCCUCGACGCUGCACUCGCGGCGCGUUUCGUGCCUCGCGUCAUGCUGGCCAGGGUUCGGAGCGCUCAGGACGCAGAGCGGCAAGUCGCUGGAGGCGUCCGAAAAGAUGUUUCUGGAGGCGGCUGAGCGCGGCGACAAACACACAAUCGAGCGGUGCCUGCAGCCCCCGCGCUCGGUCAAUGUCAACUGCACAGACCUGCUGGGUCGCUCAGCCCUGCAGAUUGCCGUCGACAACGAGAACAACGAACUUGUCGAAAUUCUCCUCCAACAACCCGACAUCAAAAUCGGUGACGCUCUGCUGCACGCAAUAACUGAGGGCGUGCUGCGGAUCGUGGAGCUGCUGAUUGACCACCCGAGCAUCUCGUCGUCGAUGCUCGCCUCGGGCUGGAGCCGCUCGCGACCCUCGACGGAGGAAAGCUCCGACUUCUCUCCUGACAUCUCACCCGUCAUUCUCGCCGCGCACUGCAACCAAUUCGAGAUUCUCCAACUCUUCCUCGCCAGAGGUGCCUAUAUCGACAAGCCUCACCCACUGAGCUGCUUCUGCCGGCAGUGCGAAGAAGGCAAACAGUCGGACAGCCUUCGUUAUUCCUUAAAACGAAUCCACACUUACCGAGCCCUGGCCAGUCCUGCUUGGCUCUCGCUCACCAGCCAUGACCCGAUCCUCUCCUCCUUCAAGUUGUCGUGGGAGUUAGAGCGGUUAGCCAAGGUGGAGAACGAGUUCAAAGACACGUACAUGGAGCUGAGCACACAAUGCAAACGGUACUCGUGCGAGUUGCUGGAUCAGUGCCGCUCGAGUGAGGAGGUGAUCGCAGUUCUCAACCGCCGCACCACCACCCCCGAAGAACCCUCCAUGUACGAUGAGGCGCCCACCUUGGAGAGGCUCUCGCUCGACCGACUCAAACUUGCCCUCAAAUACGAUCAGAAACAGUUUGUGGCCCAUCCUCACUGCCAGCAGCUGCUAACUUCCAUCUGGUACGAGGGUUUUCCGAUUUGGCGACGUCGGGGUGGAUUAGAAAAGGUCCUGCUCUGCUUAGCAAUCAUCACUGCGAUGCCCCUGCUGGCCGCUACGUACCUCCUCUUCCCUCGCACCCGUCUCGGCCGACUCAUCAGGUCGCCCUUCAUGAAGUUCAUCUACCACAGCGCUUCGUUUGGCUGUUUUCUGGUGCUACUGGUGUUAGCGUCGACCAGAACCGAGGGCAGUGAGGUUUACAGACAGAACACCCGUGGUCCGGCGCCAUCCGUCAUAGAGUGGCUCAUCCUCUUCUGGGUGUCGGGAAUGGUGUGGUCCGAAUGCAAGCAGCUAUGGGAGGAAGGCCUGAAGGCGUACGUGCGCCAGUGGUGGAACUGGCUCGACUUCAUCAUGCUUUCGCUCUAUCUGUGCACUUUUUCCCUAAGGGCAGUGGCCUAUCUGCAAAUUACCACCAACAAGGAGCUUCCACGAACCCAGUGGCCAAACAAUGACCCAACCUUGAUCGCUGAAGGAGUUUUUGCCGUGGCCAACGUUUUCAGCUUUGCCAGGAUAAUUUACCUCUUCCAGACAAACCCCCAUCUUGGUCCUCUGCAGAUCUCCCUUGGCUGCAUGAUCAUUGACAUAGCAAAGUUCCUAUUCAUCUUCUUCCUGGUGCUGACCAGUUUUGCGUGCGGCCUCAACCAGCUUUAUUGGUACUACGACUCCAACACGGAGCACUGCACAGAGCGGCCCAACGGCAAGAUGGAGUGCCAGUCCAACUCGGACGCUUUCACAACAUUGGAUGUGACGUUUGCUACUCUCUUCUGGUCUCUCUUUGGCAUCAGCUCGCCUAAAAGUACCGAAUUGGUUGAUGCACAUCCCUUUGUUGAGUUUGUAGGCCAGGGCCUAUUUAUGGCCUAUCACGUACUCAGCAUCAUAGUCCUCAUUAACAUGCUGAUCGCUAUGAUGUCUAACAGUUUCCAAGUCAUCGAGGACCACGCAGAUCAGGAGUGGAAGUUUGCUCGGUCAAAGCUGUGGAUGAGUUAUUUUGAUGAAGGGUGCACCCUUCCGCCACCCUUCAACGUCAUAAUCAGCCCCAAAUCGGUCUUCUACUUUUUCAAGGGCAUCAAAGGUCUGUUGGUGCGUCUCUAUAGUCGGCCCAAAUCACCGCUCCACUCUAUCCCGCGGCCCGCCACGGCCGAGAAAGGCCUACUCGUGGAUGGUGAUACAAAUUCAACUGGCCGACAAACAUCUGUUGAAAGUUCGCAAGGCCCUCCGAUGCCUCAGCCAUGCCCUUACAACGAAAUCAUGCGUCGCCUGGUAAACAGAUACAUCCACAAAAUGAAAAAGCAAUGCCGGCAGGACGGCGUCAACGAAGACGAUCUGCUCGAAAUCAAGCAGGACAUCUCCAGUCUAAGGUAUGAGCUGCGUGAGGAUCGAAAAAGGGAGAGUGCUCGAACCUCGGCACACUUGGACACGAUCAAAAAAGACAUAGUCCGUUCUGUGCGUUCAAGUCUGCCUGCUUCGCCCCAAACCCUUCCACCACCACAGCAGAGAUCUUUCGACCUUGGAAUGCUCAGGGCGCACCAUCCUGUGGUUGAUUUGCAAGUUCCGCCACCACCUCCGCAGCCUCUUCUACCUCAUUCGCUACACGGUAGUAUGGCGUCGGCGGGUCUCUACGGCAGCACCGCCUCGACGGCGCCACUACGCGAAACGGCGCCGGAGACUUUGGAGGCCCUGAAAAGAGACAUCAUCGCCAGCGUGCGCGCCGAACUGCGCGACGCCCUUCGCGAGAUGGCCAUGCAAGCGGCCCCUGCGGCGCCCAGCAUGCAGUCCCCUGCGAUGCCGCCCCCAGUGAUCCGGCCCCCGGUGCCGCCUCCACCUCCCAACGACCUUUACCAGACUCAUCUGUACACACAGCUCUAGCUUCGGACGACGGCGGCGUCGUCAUCUCUGCUGCAAGUCGGCGCUGCCGUCGAGGCCGCAUCCUCUGCGCACAACAACUUGAGGACGCUGGCUUUGUACAAAACAAGAAGGUACACGAGGAUUUAAUUUUUUUCUCCGAAUUUUGAGAAUUUAUUCCAAUUUUGCAAAAUAUCAUGGGGAUAGGAGAUGGAAAGUGAAAUUAAAAUUAAUUAAAAUUUUUAACUUUAUUUGAAAAUUGACAUUUUUCUAGCUUUGUGAUCAAAUUCGAUAAAAUUAAUUUUAUUACCUUUAAUAAUUUAAUUAUUUGGGAAGAUAGCAGAGGAGUGAAAAUACAAAAUUAUAUAUCGCAAUAAAAAACAUGCAUACAUUUUUGGACAACUACAGUAAGAAAAAAUUUAAUAUAAACCUACAGCGUAUAUAUUUUUGACGUUUACGACUUAGUCAAUUAGUUGUAAUUGUUAGAAAAAUCAUGCGGCCAAAUCUUGAUCACUAAUAAUUUAAGCGAUUGAAAUAUAAAAAAUUCAUGAUACAUUCGAUUAAGGUAAUUGCCAGAGGAUCAUGUUAUAAAAUUAACCAUACAUGAAUUUAAAUGCUUCACGAAAAUAUUUUGCAUUGCGAUCGCGCGCGCUUACGAGAUGAACACCAUAUUUGAUUAUGAAAAAAUCAAUACAAAAGAGAACAGAGCAUUAUCAAAAUUAGAUUAAAAACACAGGAUCUCUCAUUAUAAAGUUUUGCCUCGUGUUUAAAGCUGUGACAUAAACAUAACAAAAAUUACUUCGCAAAUAAAAAAAAACAUAUGGAUAUUGCAUUUAUCACAUGUUAUCUUAAUAAUAUUUGGUCUAGUUUUAGAUUACGAUAUAUGAUAUUGAACAUAUAUUGAAAUUCUGUCCAGAGAAGCAGUUUUAAUUGAAAUAGAAUAAGCAAGCAAUGAUACAUUAAUGUGCCAUAACUAACAAAGUGAAGCUUUUAGGUAUUAUUGUUACUAAGCAAAAUUUUGAAAAAAAUAAAUAGCCAGUGAAAAUUUUUAGAUAUCAAGAAUCUGAAAAUAUUGGCGGAAGAGAAGGUCGGAUUCACAUAAAUUGCUAGGAUCUCUACCAAUAAGAUACUGAACUUUUAUUGCAAAUUUGAUCAGUAGACAUCUAGAGGAUGAGUAAUAAUAUGCAAUUACUGUUAGGAAUAUAAUAUUUAAAACAAAAUCAUCCUUUGGUGAAAUAAAUAAAGUCGUGCCAAGAUAAACAUUUUGAAUAAACAUCAGCCAAUAUUGCGAGACUAAAUAUGAUGAUCCUUAACCUUGCAUAAGUUUCAAGUCCAAUAUUAUUUAGUUUGUCAGAGUUUUUUGUUAAUGUUGUAUUUUUUUGUAUUAUUUGGAACUACAUUAAUUAACUCUGUGUCCAAUGUCCAGCAAUAAAUGACAAUUUAAUUUCAAUUCAGAGGUGUUUUAAAAAAAUGCUCAAAAGUCAAAAUAAAAUGCUGUAAAAUAAACGGGUCCACGUUAAAUCCUUGAGGGAAUAUUAAAAAAAAAUGGUUUGUGAAACUGUUAAUGUAAAAAUACUUUUUUGUAUAAAAUAAACUAGAAUUAUGAUGUAGUGAGUGUAGCGUAUUAGGAAAAAUCUAUCCGAAUACAGAGGAGUAAAAUAAAUUACGUUUUAUCGAAUUAAAACGGUAUCUGUGCACCGAAUAUGUCUGGAAAAUGUGAAGAAAUUUAUGAAAGGAAGCAAUAAAGCAGUAAAUUGUUGAAAUAAA